AUGCAGGCUUCGUCUGAAGGUCUCACUGCUGUGACAUCGUUACUCUUGAAGAAAGGAGCGAGUGUUGACAAGCGCGGCCCGAGCGGGUUGUCGGCCCUGGCGAUAGCGUGCGCGCUCGGGCAUGUGGAUACUGCGCGUGUAUUACUUGAUGCUGGAGCGGACUUGGACUUGCAGAAUCAAAUGGGUAAUACGCCGUUGAUCUGGGCCACUAGAGAGAACCAUGGCGCCGUGGUGAAGUUGUUAGUGGAUAGAGGCGCUUCGAUUGACCUGGCAGACAAUGAAGGGUGGACGGCGCUCAUGCAGGCUUCUUGGAGAGGGCACUCGGAGAUAAUUUCUUUUCUACUGAAGAGAGGGGCUAGUGUGGACCAGCAGCGUAUGAACGGGUUCACAGCUCUUGCCACUGCGUGUGAGUUUGGGCACGUGGAUGCUGUUCUUCGCCUUCUAGCAGGGGGAGCGGACAUCGACUUGCGGGAUCGCAAUGUCAAUAUGCCGUUGAUGUGGGCAGCGUGGAAUGACCAUCCUGACGUGGUGCAAAUGUUGCUGAAUGGUGGCGCAUCUGUAGAUUCUUCAAAUAGCCGUGGCUGGACUGCGCUGAUGAGAGCGGCCGAGAGAGGAAAUGUUAAAGUGGUUAGUCGGCUGCUGAAGCAUUCUGCCAGUGUGGACAAGCGAGGCCCGAAUGGGUCAACCGCUCUUGAUAUCGCCUGCGAACACAACCAGCUGGAUGUU